CAAAACCCUAAACCCUAGCCUGCCUCCCCUCCCCUCCUCCCUCUUCGCCCGCACGGUCGCGCCGGCGCCGACGACAUGGCCACCCUCCUGAGGCGCGCCUCGCUACGGCGCGCCAUCGCCGCCGCCGCCGUGUCCUGCCCUGAGAGCUAUAAGCAAGGGGUCUGUGGCUCAACUUUUCACUGCCGAUAUUUCUCAUCUAAAGCCAAAAAGAAGGUAAAGCCCAGUGGAACUGACUCUGGUGAAGAGAAUCUCUCAAAGAAAGAUUUAGCUUUACACCAGGCUAUCGAUCAAAUAACAUCUGCGUUUGGGAAGGGGGCGAUAAUGUGGCUUGGUCGUUCUGAAGGCCAUAGAGAAGUACCUGUUGUGUCAACUGGGUCUUUCUCUUUGGAUUUGGCAUUGGGAAUUGGUGGACUUCCAAAGGGUCGUGUUAUAGAGGUGUAUGGUCCUGAAGCCUCAGGCAAGACAACUCUUGCACUCCACGUUAUUGCAGAAGCACAAAAGAAUGGCGGUUAUUGUGCCUUUGUAGAUGCGGAGCAUGCCUUGGAUCCAGCUCUGGCUGAAUCAAUUGGCGUCAACACCAAUAAUUUACUUCUCUCUCAGCCAGACUGUGGUGAGCAGGCACUCAGUCUUGUAGACACACUUAUUCGAAGCGGCUCUGUAGAUGUUGUUGUUGUUGACAGUGUAGCAGCUCUUGUCCCUAAGAGUGAGCUUGAUGGGGAGAUGGGUGAUGCACAUGUAGCUCUCCAGGCUAGACUGAUGAGCCAAGCUCUUCGCAAGCUGAGCCACUCUCUCUCACUUUCCCAGACGAUUUUGUUAUUUAUUAACCAGAUCAGGUCUAAAGUAACCACAUUUGGAGGAUUUGGAGGACCAAUGGAGGUUACAUCUGGUGGAAAUGCCCUUAAGUUCUAUGCUUCCGUUAGAAUGAACAUCAAGCGUAUUGGUUUGGUAAAGAAAGGUGAAGAGACUAUAGGUAGUCAAGUUCUUGUGAAGAUUGUGAAAAACAAGCAUGCCCCACCGUUCAAGACAGCUCAGUUUGAGCUGGAAUUUGGAAAAGGAAUAUGCCGCAGUUCAGAGCUUAUUGAACUUGGAUUAAAACACAAGCUUGUAAAAAAGUUGGGUGGUGCAUUUUAUUCUUUCAAUGAAGAGUCGUAUCGUGGUAAAGAUGCCCUUAAAUCUUACCUCAACGAAAAUGAAAGUGUUGCGAAAGAACUGGAAGCAAAUUUAAGGAAAUUAAUGGAAACCGAAGCACCUAAAAGGCAGGAGGAUGAAGGCGAUUUCCUGAGCGAUAUGCCUGAUGAGUCCCUCACAUCGGAAACAUCCUCAGAAGAGGAACUGGCAACUGCAAUGGAAGCUUAAUCGGUGAUGAUAGUAUCAACAAGAAGGAAUAUGUGCUGAGCAGUUAUUCCACUGAACCAUAUAUAUUUCGGAUAUCAUCUUGAAGAUGUCAUUUUGGUUGGAAGGGGCAUGGAAUGUGUCAUUCAGUUCUGAAAAGUCCUUCAGCUGUUACUGUACCUGGAGUGAAAUGCCUGGAGCAAAGUGGGGUAGAGACCCGGGGAAGUACUGGGUGUUAAAGCAUGGACUUAUAUGGUGGCUAUUUAGACAUUGGAAGGAUUAGUAAAAUGUAACCAUGUAUAUAUGUUGCGUGGCUGUCUGGCUGAGAUGCCUUUUCUAAGGUUCAGGCUUGAGCAACAUUCUUACUGAAUGCUUCCAAUGUUACUAUUUGAUUUCUCGGGCUCCAUUACUACCUUUGUUCAAUUGUUCGUAUGCUCAGAGAAAAAAAAAUACUGCAGUGCAAUUAUUUUGGGACUUGGUGCUUUUUGAU